AAGACCAUUAGCUCAUGUCCACUCACAUCGCGCCAUCAAGAUUCUUUCUGCUAGCUCUUGUCAUCCUGGCUUUCUCACUCCUCAACCCGUCUUUGCUCUCUCGCAGUGUUGCUCGUCUUUCUCAAUUGAAACAACACAUCUACCCAUCCAUCGCAAUACAGACGUCACAAUUCCUACAUACGAAUUCUAGUACGCACAUCAUGGCGUAUGAGAAAGAGCUUGAGAUUGCUCUCCUGGCCGUCCAGCGCGCCUCCAUACUCACAAAGUCGGUAUAUUCGAGCCAUUCCAAAGGCACCCUGUCCAAGAGCGACUCGUCCCCCGUUACGAUUGGCGACUUUGGCGCACAGGCCCUGAUAAUUGCAUCCAUAAAGCACGCUUUCCCCGAGGAUGAGAUAGUUGGAGAAGAGGAUGCAGAUGAUCUCCGCAAGAACGACUCGCUACGCGACCUUGUCUGGGAUCUAGUACAAGCAGCGAAGUUGGACGACAGUGCAGCAGAAUCCAAGAUUGGCGGGCCGAUCAAGAGCGCCGACGCAAUGCUGUCUGCUAUCGACCAAGGAAACAGCGAGGGAGGCAGGAAGGGAAGGAUUUGGGCACUUGAUCCCAUUGACGGCACAAAGGGGUUCCUGCGCGGCGGACAGUACGCUGUUUGCUUAGGGUUGCUCGUAGAUGGCGUUCCAACUUUGGGCGUGAUUGGAUGCCCCAACCUCCCAGUAGACGACCAAGCACCCCUUGAUGUCACUACUGGACAAGAUGCAGAUGACAAGGAAGGUAAGGGUGUUUUGUUUGCUGCAGUAAAGGGCCAAGGUGCUACCAGCCGACCGCUGAGUAAGGGUGCCCUUCAAGAGCCAAAGAGUAUCAAGAUGAAGCCGCUGUCAGAUGUUACUCAAGCUACCUUUUGCGAGUCUGUUGAAGCGGGUCACUCAUCACAAGGCGACAACGCCGCCAUUGCCUCCAAGCUCGGGAUCACCAAGCCCUCCGUUCGCAUGGAUUCUCAAGCCAAAUAUUGCUCCAUUGCCCGUGGAGCUGGCGAUCUAUACUUGAGAUUGCCCACCAGUAAGACUUACCAAGAAAAGAUCUGGGACCAUGCUGCUGGUGUUGUGCUUGUCCAAGAGGCAGGUGGUGAAGUCACUGAUGCCUAUGGAAAGCCGCUUGACUUUGGUCUUGGUAGGACACUCAAAGAAAACAAGGGUGUAGUCGCCGCUCCCAAGGAUGCAUUUCCACAGGUCAUUGCGGUCGUCAAGGAGGUUCUGAGCGCGAAGCAAUAGAUCAGCCUGUAUGUGGCCACGAAUGAAUUAAUUCAGACUUCUUGUUCUGAUAUGUUAAAAAAUUCACAUUGUUGCUGCCAGCCG